GUUGGUUGCGCCAUUUCAGAUUUCGGGAACCUGAUGUGUGCUCAUGGUAAACGUGUCAGUGACGUUCUAUUUGUGUGAUAGAAGUUUGGUGUGCUUUGCGUUUGGUUACUAUAUUAACAUUAGGGGAUAUUUAGUAAAACUUAGAUUGUCAGGAAUUGGCUGUGGAAAUUUUUGAGUCAAUUUUUUUUAAACAAGAGAUGAUUCACACAUCCGCUCUGCAAGUAUGCAUCCUUGGCAUACUAUUCACAGCCGCGUUUAGUGAUGAAACUAUCAAGGAACCAAGCAAAUGUGAAAGUGCCAAAGCAGCCAAGGCUGAGACCUACUUGGAGACAGCAGCAGCUAUGAUAGAUAAAUUAAAAGAAGCUCUUCCAGAAGGAGGUUAUGCUGACUGCAGUUGUCCACCGAAACCAAUGGACUGUGAGGAGGUUUUGAAAUGUGGCCACAACAAAAGUGGAGUUUAUCAAAUAUGGCCUCGUAACAGAAUUAUGACAGGGAGCAUAAGUGCCUUCUGUGACCUCGAAACGAACGGUGGCGGAUGGACAGUGAUUCAAAGAAGAGGAGAUUUCAAGAGACCUCCGGAUUUCUUCUACAAAAGUUGGCAUAAAUACAAGACUGGUUUUGGUGAUCUACGCCGAGAUUUCUGGCUAGGUAAUGAUAACAUCUAUGCUCUGACCAAUCAAAAAAAGUAUUACCUAAGAAUUCACCUAACAGAUUUCGAAAAUAACACACGUUAUGCAGUUUAUGAUCAGUUCUGGAUUGACAAUGAAAGUCAACGGUACCAGCUCCAUGUUUAUGAUUACAGUGGAGAUGCAGGCGAUGCUUUCUCGAGAGCCCAUGACGGUCAGCUGUUUUCGACUAUGGACAGAGAUAAUGACAACAGUACAGAGAACUGCGCCGAGAAGCAUAAAGGCGGCUGGUGGUAUGCCGCAUGCCACACUGCCAAUCUCAAUGGCUUAUACCACGGACACAAGGCAAAGACUGCUGACGGCAUAGUCUGGGGCUCCUUGAAAGGGAUCUUCGAAUCUUUGAAAAUGACGGAAAUGAAAAUAAGGCCAAUGGACUUUAAAACGGAUUUAUUUGAUAUGAAUGUAGACCCAGCAUAAUUAGCUUUUUUCUUUUUGUGAACUUUCUGGCUGCUUGUACUGAGAUAUCGUAUUUUUUAUACAAUCUCGUUCAAAUAAAAAGAGCUUGCUUUGGAUUUUAAA